AAGGGGAGCUCAGAACAAAGGGAUGUUGACUGAGGCCACAGAUGACAACCUGAUAGACCUUGGUCCAGGCUCCCCUGCUGUAGUCUCACCCAAAAUCACGUCUAGUUCGCCCCCUCACAGUACUGCAGGGGGGGCCACUGCCUCCCCAGCCCAUCGCCCUGGUGCAGCCGCACUCUCCUCUGCAAUGGCAGGCCUUGAUGUGGGCUCUGCCAGUCUACCAAGCCACAAACAAGACGACUUUGACAUGUUUGCCCAGACUAGGAGCAGCUCUCUGGCUGAGCAGCGUAAGAAUGUCAAAUAUGAGGACCCUCAGGCUUUGGGCGGUCUGGCCUCGGCUCUGGACGUCAGACAGCAAAACACAGGAGGGAUCCCUGUAUCGCAGUCCUCUGUCAUGGAUGACAUAGAGGAGUGGCUCUGUGCUGACGUGAAAGGUGAUGCUGCAGAUGAAGGUGUAACCAGUGAAGAGUUUGACAAGUUCCUAGAAGAGCGAGCAAAGGCGGGAGACUCAUCACCUCCCGGGGCUAGUCCCGCUCAUCCUGCCCACGCCCCUGUGGGAUCUCAGAAGAGGGCGGAACGGACAGAAGAUGCCCUCUUUGCCUUGUAGACCCCCCGCCUCCCCCGUCUCAAUCACUCUCUUAGGAGGGGUCUUCUGAAGAUCCUCACCCUCAAUGAUUCCUCCUAAAAACGGUUGUAUUUCAUCAACUAAACAGAGGUCCACCGGUCGUAAGGUAAUACCAUUCGUGGAUGUAUUUAUCUGUUCAUGUGGGAUGUAGUGACGCUUUACAUCUCAUACAGCCUAGUGCUCCACCAAAGGAUCGACGGUUGAUGUAAAAUGCAGCAUCGCUGACACCAUCAUGGGCUAAUUACUAAUGUACGCAUUAAUCGUUUUAAUGGUUUAUUGGUACUAUGCACAGGUGUUGUGCUUAUGGUCAUGCAUUUUCAUUAUUUCCCCCUUCAAGUAUUUCCAGUAUUAUAUUCAAAGUAUUGCAAUGAUCUUAAUACUGAAAUAAGCUUGGAGUUUGACUAGAGACUGAAGUCAUCAAAUUAUAAGCAAUGUAUAAAUACGCUGAGUAUUUCCGCAAAACCUAUAACCAAAGGAAUUCUAAAUAAAAGGAGACAUAAUAUGCCCAUGGAGUACCCUUAGAUAUGUUUAGAAGAGUUACAUUUAACAGCUACAAGUAUUCCAAACAAACUUUUCGUCAUUCCCAACAAUAUUUAGGGCUAUCUUUCAAAAAGUACACUUAAUACGUUGCAGUGCGUUGACGCCUCUGCAUUUUGAAGCAAAAAAAAGUAUUGUUUGUGUUUAUAAGAUGCUUACUAUUUUUCUAGGGAAAGGGAAAUAUUCUUUAAAUACCUUGAUUUUGCACAGCACAUUUUGAAAUACUAGACAAGGAUAUAGAGUAGCAAUGACAAGAAAUUCUAAAUGUAUUGAACAAUAUGCUAUAAUUCAAGCAUUGAUUAAACUACAUUCCCAGUGUAUUAUGUUAUCUAUAUACUUCAAAUUACAGAAAUGGGACUUUCUGUACUAAAAAAAAAGUGAAUUGUAACAUCCUGAAAGAAGGGAGAUGUGUAUUAGACAAACUUUAUUGAUACACAACGGAAAUUGUUCAAAUUAUUAUGUGUUCCUCCGUUUUUAAGAAAAUACAACAAAAUAUGUGUGUCGGGUUCAAACACUGAUGACAUCUAUUAAACAAGACAAGAAGCAAAGAAUCAAACCGAGACAGAAUUCAAUUUGGACUCAAUAUUGAGGAGAGUCGUCUUUACACUGUACCCUCGUACAGUAUCUUAGCACGCUCUGCCAAAAGAUUGCAUGCCUCAUUGUUUUAUUUUGGACCCUCCCCGACCACCUGGCCACCGCUGUUUCCAAAGGACAAAGGUCGCAAACAAGUUCACAGAAAAGGUCAUAAACAAUUCACAGAAAAGGUCAGCUCAAAAAGAGUUCGUAAAAUACUUCAAAAAGAGGUCCAUAAAGUAGUUCAAAAAGACUUUGUCUGGAAAUUGGGCAGAUCCUGCUUUGAAGUCCUUGGUUUAGAACAGGGGUCACCAACCUUUUUGAAACCAAGAGCUACUUCUUGGGUACUGAUUAAUGCAAAGGGCUACCAGUUUGAUACACACUUAAAUAAAUUGCCAGAAAUAGCCAAUUUGCUCAAUAUACCUUUAACUCUAUGUUAUUAUUAAUAAUUAAUGAUAUUUACACUUAAUUGAACGGUUUAAAAGAGGAGAAAACACGAAAAAAAUGACAAUUACAUUUUGAAACAUAGUUUAUCUUCAAUUUCGACUCUUUAAAAUUCAAAAUUCAACCGAAAAAAAGAAGAGAAAAACUAGCUAAUUCGAAUCUUUUUGAAAAAAUUUAAAAAAUAAUUUAUGAAACAUCAUUAGUAAUUUUUCCUGAUUAAGGUUAAUUUUAUCAUUUUGAUGACAUGUUUUAAAUAGGUUAAAAUCCAAUCCACACUUUGUUAGAAUAUAUAACAAAUUGGACCAAGCUAUAUUUCUAACAAAGACAAAUCAUUAUUUCUUCUAGAUUUUCCAGAACAAAAAUUUUAAAAGAAAUUCAAAAGGCUUUGAAAUAAGAUUUAAAUUUGAUU